AUGGACUCUUCCGACACUGCAAACACGAGCGCUGGCGAGAACACGCCUCUGCUGCCCGCGUCCGAUGCCUCUCGACCAAAGCCUGUACGAACAGUCACCUUCAGCGCCAACCCCGUCAGCCGAACCAUCGAGCCCGAUCCUCCUCGCCUACCAAGGAGCCAUGCCUCUCAUAAUGUCAACCAUCAGGCCGGCAGCAGCGCCGUCGUUGGCCCGCCAAUGCUGGCAGCCUUGAAUAACAAGAUUCGUAGGCGGCAUAGCCAGGGGUUCGUCCCUGCGCUUGCGCCGAUACAGGGGCCCAAGAUUGGUCCCCAGAGAAGCACCAAGAAGACGGAGAAGCUCAAGCUGCUGCCGAACCCAGAUUUCGGAGACGAAGGUGAAGAUGAGGAAAGCGGAAGGGAUGUCUAUUCCCAGUAUACCCGAAUCAAGGAUCCGACGGCGCGAAGAGAUGCUGCGCGGCUCGGAAAGGCAGAUCGAGAUCGGUUGCCGCGCGUCACCGCGUACUGCACCGCCAAUCGCUACGAGAUGGAAGGGUUGAUGAGAUUCCUCAAAGGACGAGGCAAGACUCGCGGCGCGAACCCAAAGCUCAUUGACGAGUGUAUAUACACGCCCUACAUGUACGGCAAAAGCCAGCGAGCCCAUGAGGUUGUCGAGCCAAAUCACGAAAGACGCCAUUCUACAGGGAGCGAGCUGGUAGACGGAGAGGCCGAGAGAGAAGAGUUCAGGCCUCUGCGUCGUGAUCAGCAAGACUCUGGCUACGGAGAGGGCCUGAUGAUUGACCAAAGCCGAGAGGAGGCAGGGGACCUCCCCAGUGAAGAGCUUCUGGGUCCCGCUAUGCCCGAGCACAUGCCCAUAAAAGACACGGUGCCGGACUUUGAUAUCCAGGUACACAUGCCCGAAGUCUUUUUGUUCGAUUAUGGUGUGGUGGUAAUAUGGGGCAUGACGGAGGCACAAGAGGCCAAGAUGCUCAAAGAUAUUGCCAAGUUCGAACUGGAGAAGCUGGCUCCCGAUGAUGUCGAGACGGAGCACUUCAACUUUUAUUAUACUCGGGAAUAUCAAGCACGGAUCUACAACGACUUUAUCACGCUGAGAGACAAGAACAAUUACAUGACCAAGCUUGCCAUUUCACAUGCCUUGGCACAGAGCGUCAAGACGUCACUUUUCGAAGAACUCAUUGCUUCCACCAUCGACACCUGCAAGGAUAUUCCCACUCAGAUCGCCUUGACGGGCAAAGUGGCUCUGAACCGAAAACAAAUCAACAUGCAGAUUGGAGAGCUCUUCAUCUUGAGGAUCAACAUCCAUCUCAACGGCUCCGUCUUGGAUACCCCCGAGCUCUUCUGGGUAGAGCCCCAAUUGGAGCCCCUCUAUCAAGCUGUCAGGAGCUAUCUCGAGAUGGACCAACGAGUCGGCCUGGUGACGGAGCGGUUGGAUGUUAUUGCUGACUUGUUGGCUGUUCUCAAGGAUCAGCUAACCCAUGGCCACGGCGAAAUGCUCGAAUGGAUUGUCAUCAUCUUGAUUGCUAUGGAGAUUUUGGUGGCUGCGAUCAACAUUGUUGUCGAUAUGUAUGCGGGAGAAGUUUGA